AUGGCCAUCUUCACCGGCGUUCCCUGGAUCGCAGGAUCUCUGCUCAUUCCAGAAACCUAUGCGCCUGUCCUCCUCCGCAAGCGGGCGCGCGCCCUCGAAAAGGCCAACCCGGGUGAACUCUACAAGACAAGAGCGGAGAUUGCAUCUGGUCCUGUGCAGUCUGUGGGUGUGUUUAGCACUGCAUUGAUCAGACCUUGGAAAUUUGCUGACUCCGCUCUCGCUGCGAACUCGGUCUUGAGAAGUUUGUUCGGAAUGGCGUUUCCGCUGUUCACGAGUGAUAUGUAUGCAAACCUUGGUAUACACUGGCAAGCUGUAUACCAGCGUUUUUGGCACUGA